AUGUCGUGCACACCACUGGUUGCGCCGCCUUCAGUAUUGUCUGAGCCCACUACUUUUACUAGACACCUGGCAGCUCGAGACCACGACCAGCGGGAUGUCGAGUCAGAUAUCGGGUCGAUGCAGGUGCAGGUGCCGCUCAAUGCGUACCGGAUCAGCCAUGAAACCAGCGAAGUUUCUUCGCAGGCCGAUGAUGUCUACGCAGACAAUGUCGAUGCCGAGCAGCUCCCCUCAGUCGACGACUUCCUGGGUCAAUUCCUGGCCACCGAGCAGACCAAGAUGGAUGAACAUGGCGUUCCUGACUACCUCCAAUCGUCAGCUCUUGAUCCUUUGCAAAGCAGCUCGCUUGAAGACGCUGUCAGCGAUAAGAGCAGUGAGGGAUCGGAUGAUAGUGUCAGUAUUCGCUCAAGCUCCAGUGAGGACAGCAGCGGGUCGGGAGGGCUGAGCGAUUUAGAUCUACCGUCAGUUCCAGUGACUGGGAAACCGGCUGGAGAAGAUGCCUACGAGGAAGUGAUAUCUGGCAAUGCUCCAGAUAUGGGCAACAAGGACGCCAAAGCGGCUACGGAUGGGAACAGUAACUCACAAGCAGUGGAUGGAAUCAGCAAGGAGGCGGACAGUAGCCUAGGCGAAGAGCCUGCCGACACCUUUGCCAAUCAGGACGAAAAACUAGAUGGGGCAGCAGCAGAUCAGGACAAGGAACCAGCAGAGACUGCAGCAGCCCAAGACACGAAGGGCCAGCAUGUGCGUUUAGAUGAGCAAACCAAGAAGGGCUUGCCCUCCAAGGAUGAAGCAGCUAAUCCCGAUCCGGCUGCUGCAAGCGAUGCCUAUAUCAAGACUGAUGACAACGAGAACACAGUGUCCAAGCAUGAAGAUGCGGGUGAGCCAGCUCCCAUGUCACCAGCCACCUCGGCAGAGCCCAGAUCGGAGACAGGCAGCAAGCGCCCUGACGAGCCAUGA